GAUAAGAGCAGUCCAUUUAAGCUAUGGGUGCAAGCAGAUAUGAGAUUUGACGGCUUUCUUGAAGCAAUUUAAGGAAAUGGUUUUGAAUUCAGGACUCAAAGCAUUGUAUAACAAUCACUGCAGGACUAUACGUGAAAGAAAGCUGGAAUAAAGCUGUGGAGUGAUCAGCUUUUCUCUUGAGCAUAUAGGUUUUGGUAUAAGUAUUAGUUUAUAAAAGAAUACAAGAUUUUGAUGAAGUUUUAAAACCCUCUUAGCAAUUGACAUCGAGAGAUACAUACACAAUACAUUUUUAUAACAGGUUUGGAAAGAAAUUACUUCAGAAACCAAUGCAGUGCUUUACUGGGUGUAUUUGUCAUCUACAAUUGAAGCUUUAAAAGGGAUGCAUCUCCUAUCCUCAAUAAUACUGAAACAUGUGAAUUGGUGGAACCUAAGUCUCCCCUAUUAUACCUUCUUCUGUUCAAAGCCUAGCCAAUGGGUGCGUAUGUACAUCAUCGGAAAUACUUCUAAAUUCUACACUAUUUACGAUGGCAAAGAAAUGCCUGCAUCGGCGAUCAGCAUUGGAACUAACUACAUUGUUGACUACUAUUGCAAAGACAACAAACCUACCGUUAUCAUUGCAACACGUAAAAAGGAACGUGAUGAGAAAGUAAUUCAAGAGGCCAUCAAAUCUAUCAAGGGAAAAAUACAGUUGCCUUCGCCAUCUCAAAGUCUCCACUGUAGUGAAGAACUAUGAUUCCUAUGUGACUAUAAAAUCUGAUAUUUCAAGAUAGGAACAGCAAGUUUUAUUCGUGAAAGUGUGAAAACUUAUCAAUAUUGUAUUAUACCUACACUUUCAUGUAGCUAAUUGUAAU